UUCUUAGUGAAUUGUUCGCGAGAUUUCAGUUCUAAGUCAAGGUGAAUUGAUUUGCGAUGCGAUCAUCUGAUGUAUAAAAAUAUUAUUUUUACAAUUGAUUCACGAAUGAAAAUGUGGAGCAAAUUGUGCCAAUCUUGAUAUAGAAAUAGAGUAGGACAUGCAGGGACAUACCACAUAAAGACAAAAUCUACAAUUUCGUAUGAAUAUAUAGAGAGAUAUAAUGAUAUAUAUAUAUAUAUAUUUCUGUGUCUAUAGAGUGCAGAUAGUAUAUAAAGCUAUUUCACCAGAUGAUUUCAAAGCACGCGAUGCUGAUAUCAAACCAAACGCCUUCUUUCUUUUUAGUUCUGCUUCUAACAUUAUACGUGACAAAUAAAAGUAUAAGAAAAAAAAAAGAAAGAGCCGUAAUUAUCCAAACGGCGCCGAUUUUUCACGAAAGUGAGAGUAUGGAACAUAAUAACAGUUUUUCGGAUGAUGAUUGGCAGCAGCUUGCUGAGGAUUUUUCUACAUUUGAAAAAGAAAUUGAAGAUAAGAAAAAUAUUGUUUCGCGAAAAAGAAAUUGGAGAAAAUCAAGUAUAUUUACAAUUUAUGCGAGAGUUUUUCGUGUUGUAUUGUCGAAAUUUAUAAAAACGACAGAUUUCAUUGAUGAAGAAGAACAUCGUCGUGAAUUGGACGAAUUAAUUUUGCCCAGUAAUGAAGAAUGGCGUCAUCAAGUUUAUUAUCAACUUGUUGAUCUUCAACGUUUAAUGGAUAGAAAUUCAGAAGAGAAGGAAAUGGAUUCUCCGUCAAAAAAUCCAUUGAAAGAGAACAAAUUAUACGAAUGGGAACCUGGCGAUAAACAUUUUCCUCGAAAACCGAAAAAAGGAAUAAAAGAAGAAAUUCUUUUUUCUUUGGCAACAAUUUCUUCAGCAAGCGGUUCAAUGACUGAAGCUUAUAUAGAACCAGGAUGGCGAAUUCGAGAUAUUAUUUUAGCAGCAAAAGUUCUUCAAAAAGAUGAUUCGUCAUCUAAUUAUGUCGAUGAAGCUGAAAUGAGACGUGUUUUUGGUUUAGUUUACGAUGUCUUGAGAUAUAAACACAUAUUGAAUCAUGCAUUGGAAGAUGUUGGAUUUUGGCAUCAUUAUAAAAAUCUUCGAAAACAGGAGAAAAUUGUUUGGCUUUUGUUAUACGAUAUGCAAGGGAGAAAAUUUGCUCGACUUGGAAAUAAAUUGGCUAUUGCUGAACGUGAGAGAGCUUUUAAUUUAGCUAAUCUAAAAUAUGUGGAAGAUUGUCUUCUUGAAACAAAAACACGAUUAGCAGCAAGCGUUUCAAGAUUGCGAAUUGGUGGUUCAGCUUUAACGCUAGACGAUUUGCUGCCAAGUCAUUUAAAAUCUGCAGAGGGAAUUUAUUGGAAUGAAGAAAGUACAAUAGCCUCAGGAUGGGUGAAUUCAAUGAAAAUAGCAAGUAAAGAAGAAUUUAUAAUCGAAAUGGAGAAAUUGGGAUUUCAAUAUUGUGCCAAUUGUGAGGAAACAAAUUUGGAUGAAGAAAAUUUUGUUUUUGAUUCUCUUUGUCCAAAAGUCGUUAGUUUUCAUGAAAAGAGUCGAGAAAAAUUGGCAACAUCACAAUUAGUUCGCAAGCAUUGUUUUAUUUUUUUGGAAAGAUCGCUUUGUUUGGGAGCAGCGAGUUUAAUGAAGGCAAUUCAAAUGGGAAAAUUAUGUGGACCUGUAAUUUUAACUCAGUGUAUCGCUCCAAGACACACUGCGUAUGUUGCGAGUCUUUUGGCUGAUAUUGAAGAUGCUGGACGACUUUUGGCCUUUGGCACUGGAGAUCAACAUUGCGAAUAUGAGAAUUAUUUACACCACUUGGGAAUAACGCAUCAACAAUGUCGAAUUUUCUCCGAACAAUACAUUUCUCCGCCACCAUCAUCGGAAUUGGAAAGAGCGACAAUAGUUUUAGCGACACCUCAUUGCAGUUAUACGGGAAUAAAUGAUAUCGUCGAUUUGGCAGUUGCUCGUGAUGGAGAUUAUGCACUUUUGGAAUCAUUAACAAGCGAUGACGAUGAACUAAAACAUCCGAGAACACUUCUUGCUGAUCAAUUAGCAACAUUAAAACACGCAUUAACAAAACCUAAUAUUCAGCUACUCAUUUACGAAGUCCAUUCAAUUUUGCCCUCGGAAACAACAGAAAUGGUGAAUCAGGUUGUCGAUUAUGCCAAUGGAAUUGCCAAGGAGAAAUAUAUUAAAGAAACAACUAGUAAGAAAAAAAUACCAAAAGAAGUUGGUGAAAAAUCACCAAAAAUGUUGAGACCAGGAAAACGAAGACAAUCAUGUGAGCCAUCGAAUUUAGAAUCGGAAAUUUCACAAAAUCCCGAAGAAGAACAAGAAAAAGAAGAAGAGACUUCAAUUACAUCUUAUCCUGAUAUUAAGGUUCCAGAUAGUGAUGUUUUUGAAGUUUGCAGCGUUAAUGAUAUUUAUGAUGAAAAUUGUGACAAUCUUUUGGAGGAAGGAUGCUUUAUAGCGUUUAUAAGACGAAAAGAAAUGAUGCAAUUUGAUUCACUUUUUAUGAUUAAGGUCGCUGAGUCAAAAGGAUUAUUUGGCGAUCCCAAUAAACAACCGCAAAAGAAAGAAGAAAUAACACCAAUUAUUCGACAGUCCUCUGCCGCCAGUCGAAAAAGCUUCAAACGUGCCAAGAUUCAAAUUGAUCGAAUCGCUGCACCGACACAUUCCUCAUUACUAAAAGCACAAAAGGAAAGUCACAUUUGUCCAAGGCAUAGUCAACACAUUUUAAAUGACGAGGAUUCACUACUGACUCAGAAUAAUUCAUCUGAAAAAUGUCCUCCCUCAUCAAAUCAAUCGUCACAUUUAAUCAAUAAUCGAGAAAUUAUUAACAAUGAAAGAAGACAAAUAUCCGUUUCUGAUCAGGAGAAAAGUGUGAAACGUUUAAGCACGUUAACAAUUCGACCAAGCAAUAAUAAAAUUAUUUACAGUGAUUGUGAGCGAUUUAAAAAUCAAUAUCAAACAAUAUCAGCAUUUGGUGAUCAAAAUUACACGAUUAAUUCAAGACAAUCACUGAAAAAUUUAACUAAAGUUUCUCCGUUGUUUUUGAAAACACAAUAUUUUAAUUUAGAUAAUAAAUUGGAAGAAAAAGUUAAUUUGAAAAAUUUAUCAAACAAAAAGAAUGAAUCGUUUAUAAAAAAUUGCCAAAGUUUUUAUCCUAGAAGAUCUUUAAAAUAUAGACAACUAUAUAGUGUCUCUCAUUUGGAAACUGUCAUGGAACAAACAAAAGGAUUUCCAUAUCUUUUCCCCUCUGAAAAUUUCCUCGAAACUGAAUAA